AUGUCGAGCUUUGCAGUCAGGAGACUAACCGAGGCGCCAGAGUCCGCUAAAUUCGAUGAAGUGGUGGAAUGCUUCAAAGAGGCGUUUGCGGAAGAUGAUUUUGUCCGCACCCUGACUGGGGGGAAGACGGAUGUAUAUCAUCAUCUAAACCGCUCUGUCGUUCUUUCGGGGCUGCUGUCUGGUGAGGUCUACGUCGUUGAAGAGGCUACGAAUGGCGAAGUCAUGGCCAGCGCCAUUUGGUUCCCUCCCAAUCGCGAGCUGUACGAGGACACGGAGAAAUGCAAGGCGGUCAGACCGUUGAUGGCCAGUCUUGGCGCCGAACUUGGCGAAUGGUGGUGCACUAGAUUCCUUCCAGAAUAUACUGCCUUUGCGGACGCUGAAUUCGGAGAGGGGGUCAAGAAAGACGCCUGGCAUCUUCAGUGGAUAGGAACCCGCAAACCGUAUCGUCGCCGAGGUUUGGCGGCUAUGCUGAUCGACGUGAUUCGGGACAAGAAGGGUGACGCGAAGAUGUGUCUCGAGGUCGAAAACCCAGAAAAUCUUGGAUUUUAUCAGAAGUGCGGGUUUGAGAAGCUGAAUGAAGAAGCGCAUUACUUUGAAGGAUAUAAGGACCAGGAGAAGUCUGGUUUUCCUAUGUGGGCGAUGAUGUCUGACUGA